AGUUCUUGAUUGUGUUUCCCCACAGCGAAACGUUUAUUUUUUUCUGACCUAAGGCCUGGGGCUGGUGGUCCCCCCCUGGGAACUGAACCGCAGGCACUGGGUAGCCUUUGGGUUUAGCGAAAAAUUCCAUUCCUAGGGGGUCCCUUCUUGCUCAGGGGGGACUCACUAUGUGGGUUGAAGAACCCCCCUGAGUGCUGGAGUCUCCUGGGGAUAGGUGGCUAUUCUGGAGCUCCAGGGGCUGAUCCACUCUCUCUCUCUAAGCUUUCCCCUUACCUUGGAGGUCUGUGGGUCAGGCUCUCUCCGGUGGUGGGGGUUUUCUGUGCGGUCUGGGGCUGCGACUGGGUCGUCCUGGAUUCCCUGGAGCGUUCAUUGCCGUUUUCGAAUUUGGCGCCAAAACCGGCGUCUCACAGAGCCGGCGGCGCAGGGCAAUGACGUCACACGCGCGGCGCGUGUCACUUCCGGGUCGGCUCAGCAAAGAUGGCGCGCUGCAGCUCCAACACGCCAGUCGGCUUCCCACGGCACCGGAGACACACGAAAGGGCAGCAGCAGCCGAGAGAGAGCGGCGCCUUCAUCCUCACGCGAUGGAGCGAGAGGUCCGGUCGUCUACGACCCCGGCUGCGGAGGAGACCACAGGGGGUGAGUCUUCCUGGACACAGGUAUGGUGGGUUGGGACCCAGUAGUUGUUCCCUAGUAUUUACAUACAUGCCUGUGUAUCCUUUUCUUUCUAGGGGAGGAUUUUGUUGCCCAGGGGGGUGCUAGUCGUUCAGUUAAGGACACUAGUCGCUCUAAAAAAUGUGGCUAUUGUAGUGGCAAGUUACCCUCAGAUUAUUCCAAACCCUUUUGUGCUAAAUGUAUCAUUAAAUUGGCAGGGAAGGAGACCUCUGAAAUUCUGAAAGGAUUUCUUGAGGUCCAGUCUGAGAUGCUUUCUACUCUUAAAGAAUUUCAUGUGUCUUUAAAGAGCAAAGAGCCUGAAGCCCCCAUCGCAGGGCCCUCUUCUCAAGAAAGUUCCUCUUCGCAGAUUUUUAGAGUCCGCCAGGAAUCCCUUGGUUCCUUAGUAUCUGACUCUGAAGAUUCAGAGAUUCCUCCUCAGGAGGAAGGUUCUGUUGGUCAGGCGGAAGAAGAAAAUGAGGAUACUAGGACAGGCAGAUAUGUCUUUGCUGCCGACGACAUGGAAGGUCUCCUUGAGGCAGUGUACGCCUCCGAGGAGAUUCCACAGCCUACGGAAGAAAUUUCCACACAGGAUGCUCCCCUCGCGCAAAUUUCCAAACAGUCGGACCUCUCCUUUGAGGACACAGGCAACUUGAAAGAUCCUAUGGAUCGGCGGGCAGAGACCUCCUUGUGUAGGGCCUGGGAAGCUAAUGCGGCUGCCUUGAGCCCCGCAUUGGCUUCGGCCUGUAUUGCUAGGAAUGCUAAUUCUUGGAUCUCCAAGUUGAUGGAACAUGUGUCCCAGGGUUCAGACUCUAAGGGGAUUCUAGAAUCCCUUCAGCUCAUAGGGAGCGCAGUAGCUUAUUUAGCAGACACCUCAGUAGAGACGGUACGUUCUACCGCAAAGACAGGAGCCCUCCUCAACUCUGCCAGAAGAGCAGUAUGGGUCAAGAUGUGGAAUGGGGACCUUGCGUCUAAGAACCGCCUUUGUGGUCUUCCCUUCGAGGGCUCCCUUCUCUUCGGUACAGGCCUGGAUCAGGCCCUGACUAGGUCCUCAGAAAAAGGGGUGCGUUUUCCUACUAAGCCUAGACAAAACAAGAAAAAGUUUUUUCGAGGCCCCCAGGGGGGGUUUGGAGGUAAGAACCGUUCCUCGGAGAAGAAGCCCCCUUACAACAGACGUUGGGGUGCUGGGAAGGAAAAACAAAAAGGGGGUAUCCUUUUUUCCAAUCCAAAACCCAGCGACAAGGACUCCAAAUGACGGGAAGGUCGGGGGAAGACUCUCCCAGUUCCUUCCCAGGUGGGAGAGUAUUACUCAAAGUCCCCACAUUCUCCAAAUCGUAAGGGAGGGGUACAAACUAGAGUUCCGUCAGCUUCCCCCUCCAAACUUUAUUCUGACUCACUUACCCAAGGACCCUCUCAAGUCAGCAGGCCUUCUGCAAAAUGUCUCAGAACUGGCACAACAGGGGGUCAUAGUUCCAGUCCCUGUGUACCAGAGAGGGUUGGGAGUGUACUCCCACAUCUUUGUGGUCCCCAAGCCUUCAGGCAAAUUUCGAUUGAUUAUCAAUCUAAAACCCCUGAAUACCUCCCUCCUCCACAAGAGGUUUCGAAUGGAGAGUAUUUACAGCCUCAGGAGGCUCCUACUAAGAGAGGUAUUCAUGGUCACCAUCGAUUUAAGAGACGCGUACCUCCAUGUCCCAAUCUUCUUGGGUCAUCAGAGGUUCCUCAGGUUUGCGAUCGCCUCCGCUCAGGGAGUACAGCAUUGGCAAUUUGCUGCCCUUCCUUUCGGACUGGCCUCCAGUCCAAGGGUCUUUACCAAGGUCCUGGCGGAGGCGAUCGCUUUCCUGCACCUACAAGGGAUAGCGUUAGUCCCCUAUCUCGACGACUUGAUACUAUACAAUCAAAGUCGAGAUCUCCUUCUUUCGGAUCUAGCCACUGUGAUGACUACCCUCGAGUCCUUGGGUUGGAUCAUCAACAAGGAGAAAUCCUCACUCCUUCCAGAGCAGAAGAAACUCUAUCUAGGGUUUCUGAUAGAUUCCUUGGAGAGGAAGCUCUUUUUACCCAACGACAAGAUCCGGGGUCUCAUGUCAGUGGUCAGAUCAACGUUAGAAGGAGUAGAGUCCUCCUUCAGGGACAUCAUGAGAGUUCUAGGCCUAAUGACCUCCUGUAUUCCAGCAGUCCCGUGGGCUCAGCUCCACUCCAGACCCCUCCAAUUUUUCCUUCUUUCCUCCUGGGACGGAAGAAGGGAAUCCAUAGAGCUCAGAGUCAGUCUCCCAGAACCAGUGAAGCUCUCACUGGGCUGGUGGCUCAUCCCACAGAACCUACAGCAAGGUCUGUCGUGGGGCCAGAUCAAUCCGGUCAGGAUCACCACGGACGCCAGCUCAUGGGGGUGGGGCGCACAUCUGGACGAUCUCCGUGCCCAGGGUACCUGGGGACAACGACAGAAGGGGGCCUCUUCAAAUUACCGCGAGCUAUUAGCGGUCGGAGAGGCUCUGAAGGCAUUCGAGGACAGAGUCUUGGACCAGGAGGUCCAGAUCAUUUCCGACAAUGCGACCGCGGUGGCCUUCCUCAACCAUCAGGGAGGCACCAGAUCUCGCACCCUUCUAGACUUGUCCUUAGAGAUCCUGGGCUGGGCCGAGCAGAGAGUUCUCUCACUCUCGGCGGUACACCUGAAAGGGACCCUCAAUCUGGAGGCAGACUAUUUAAGUCGCCAUCCCAUUCUCCAGGGAGAAUGGGAACUAAAUACAGAGAUUUUCAGUCUAAUAUGCCAGCACUUUGGCAGCCCAGAGAUAGAUCUCUUCGCCCGCAGGGCAAACCGGAAGGUGAAGAGGUUCUUCUCUCUCUCCCGAGAACACGGCUCGGAGGGGGUGGAUGCACUGGCACAGGUAUGGAGGUUCCAGCUAGCCUAUGCCUUCCCUCCCUUGAGCCUGAUUCCGAGAGUCCUGCAGAAGGUAAAUCUAGCAGUAGGGAAGUUCAUUCUCGUCACACCCUGGUGGCCCAAGAGGGCCUGGUUUCCCGCUCUAGAGCGAGGGUCAGUGUUGCCUCCCCUUCUUCUCCCUGUCCGGGCGGACCUUCUUCGUCAGGGUCCGAUUUAUCACCCAGAACCCGGCUUCUUCAAGCUGACGGCCUGGUGCUUGAGAGGCGGAACCUGAGGGAGAAGGGCUGCUCCGAGAGAGUUAUUGACACGCUUCUAGCCAGUAGGAAGGUAGUCACUAGGCGUAUAUAUGCCAAAACCUGGGGUAUCUUCUCUCGCUGGUGCUCAGAGAGACAGAAUUCUCAGCAGGAGACCUCGGUCAUCUUAGAUUUUCUCCAAGAUGGAGUAGACAAGGGGUUAGCCACAAGGACUCUAAGGGUUCAGGUGGCAGCCUUGUCGUAUUUUUUGGAUAGACGUCUAUCCCUGGACCCCCUGGUCAAAAGGUUUCUUAUAGCCAGAGACAGGUUGUCCCCAGUUCAGAUCUCUAGGGUUCCACCCUGGGAUCUUUCGUUAGUGUUAAACCAACUUACCAAGGCUCCGUUUGAGCCAAUUGACACUAUCCCCAUCAGGUUACUCACCCUUAAAUUUGCCUUCCUCUUGGCAAUCACGACAGCCAAGAGGAUAGGUGAUAUGCAGGCGCUCUCCAUUAAAGAGCCAUUUUUUCGCUUAUUUGAGGACAGGGUUGUUCUAAGUCAGGACCCCCUUUAUCUUCCUAAGGUAGUGACAAAGUUCCACAGGUCACAGGAAGUAAUCCUCCCUUCUUUUUGUUCAAAUCCCCAGAAUGAAGGAGAAGCUUCCUUUCAUUGUCUGGAUGUUAGACGAUGUCUAUUAGCUUACUUAGAAAGAGUUACAGUCUUUAGACGUUCUACUCAUCUAUUAAUUUGUUUUUCG